GAAAGAUGGACCAUAAAUCUUGAUUUUUUUUUGUCAUAACUCAUAAAUAUCGGUUUUGUGUAAUACCCAUUUGAUAAAGUUUGUAACUUUGAAAGAAAAAAACUGAAAAAAAAUGUCAUCUUCAUCAACUUCAACUUCAAAUUCAUCACAACCAACAAAACCACCAAUCUUGAAAAAACCAACCACACAACAACAGCCAUCACAUCCAAAACCUUAUUAUGUACUAAAACAAAAGACCCCAAUACUUCAACAGUUGUACACAAUUGGUAGAAAGUUAGGCCAAGGGCAGUUUGGUACAACUCAUUUAUGCACAGAGAAAUCAAGUGGGAUUGCAUAUGCUUGUAAGUCAAUCCCAAAGAAAAAACUGUUGUGUAGAGAAGAUUAUGAAGAUGUAUUGAAAGAGAUACAAAUAAUGCAUCAUUUAUCUGAACAUAAUAAUGUUGUGAGAAUAAAAGGGACAUAUGAAGAUGCAUUAUAUGUUCAUAUUGUUAUGGAAUUAUGUGCUGGUGGUGAGUUGUUUGAUAGGAUUGUUCAAAAAGGUCAUUAUAGUGAAAGAGAGGCUGCUAAAUUGAUAAAAACAAUUGUUAGUGUUGUUGAAGCUUGUCAUUCCUUGGGUGUUAUGCAUAGAGAUCUUAAGCCUGAAAAUUUCUUGUUUUCCACCACUCAUGAAGAUGCUACUCUUAAAGCCACUGAUUUUGGCUUGUCUGUUUUCUACAAACCAGGUGAAACAUUCUCUGAUGUAGUUGGAAGCCCUUACUAUGUUGCACCAGAGGUUCUGCGUAAGCAUUAUGGACCUGAAUCUGAUGUUUGGAGCGCAGGGGUAAUUUUGUACAUCUUACUGAGUGGUGUUCCCCCCUUUUGGGCAGAAACUGAAAUGGGCAUCUUCCGUCAGAUAUUACAAGCAAAACUUGAUUUUGAAUCCGAGCCAUGGCCAACAAUCACAGACAGUGCCAAAGAUCUUAUAAGAAAAAUGCUUGAUAGAAAUCCCAAAAAACGGCUUACUGCUCAUGAAGUUUUAUGCCACCCAUGGAUUGUUGAUGACACAAUCGCACCUGAUAAGCCCCUUGAUUCUGCUGUAUUGUCCCGCUUGAAACAGUUCUCUGCAAUGAACAAGCUAAAAAAGAUGGCUUUACGGGUGAUUGCUGAGACGCUUUCAGAAGAAGAAAUUGGUGGAUUGAAGGAGUUGUUCAAAAUGAUAGACACAGACAAUAGUGGAACGAUUACAUUUGAAGAACUAAAAGAGGGACUGAGACGUGUGGGUUCUGAACUAAUGGAGUCGGAGAUCAAGGACCUAAUGGAUGCUGCAGAUAUAGACAACAGUGGAACAAUCGAUUAUGGUGAAUUUCUUGCUGCAACUGUACACUUGAACAAGCUGGAGCGAGAGGAGAAUCUCGUGUCUGCAUUUUCGUUCUUUGAUAAGGAUGGGAGUGGUUACAUAACGAUUGAUGAACUUCAACAAGCGUGUGAAGAGAUGGGUUUAGGUGAAGUCCACCUUGACGAGAUAGUCAAGGAAAUUGACCAAGAUAAUGAUGGACAGAUUGAUUAUGGGGAAUUCGCUGCUAUGAUGAGAAUGGGCAAUGGUGGAGUUGGAAGGAGAACCAUGAGAGGGAAUCUGAACCUGGGUGAAGCUCUAGGAGUCCUGCCACCAGAAACGACUCUCUAACUAAAUGCAGUACUUAUAAACUAUAAUUAAAGCAAUUACCUCUUUCAUACUAAUCGCCGGAGUAUUUUGGUAUUGGUUAGAUUGAAGAACUAAUUAUGGAUGGUUUCACUUUAAACUUGAAUAUUUAACUUUGACUCAAAUCUUGAAUUUGAACUAUGAAUUAUGCUGCA